AUGGCCUAUGAGACAGAGGAUCAUGAGAUUCAAUACUGCUUUCCUGACAUCAACUCAUCAUGUAUCAAGGGAAAACGUUCUAGUCAUGAAUACAAUAUCAUGUAUGUGUUAAUAUUAUUGUUGUCAGCAUGGACUGUGUUUCUGAACCUGCUGGUGAUCAUCUCCAUCUCUCACUUCAAGAAGCUUCACACACCAACCAACUUGCUUAUUCUCUCUCUGGCUGUUUUCGACAUGUUUAUUGGACUUAUUGUGAUACCCAUAGAGGCCAUAAAACUGAUUGAGAUAUGUUGGUACUUUGGACACACUUUUUGUGGACUUUUUGUAGUCAUCAUCGGGCUGCUUCUUUCUGCGUCUCUUGGUAAUUUAGUUUUAAUUGCUAUUGAUCGUUAUGUGGCUGUGUGUCACCCUUUACUGUACCCACACAAAAUAACAAUGACUAAAACUUUAAUGGGCAUCUGUAUCUGUUGGUUUACUUGCUUCAGUGGUAAUUUUGCCUUUGCAAUAAAUUACAGAUAUUUUGACACAGCACAGGCCGAUGUGUGCUACGGAGGGUGCUUUUUAAACGUUCCAUAUUCAUUAAGGAUCAUGGAUCUGUUCAUAUCUUUUCUAAUCCCUUGCACCGUGAUCAUAGCUUUAUAUUUGAGGAUAUUUUACGUUGUACAUCAGCAAGUGAAAAUUAUAAACUCUCUGAUGAAGAGUGGUAAAUGUGAAAUGGAAGAUUCAGUGAAAUCUGAGAGCAAAGCUGCUCUGACAUUAGGAAUCAUUAUGACAGUUUAUCUGCUUUUCUAUAUUCCAUUCUAUAUAUUGUAUAUAACAGCUGUCACUACUGCUAAAGAAAUCUCUUCUCCCACAAUGACAUUUCUUGCAUGGACUUUGUAUGCUAACGCAGGAGUCAAUCCUCUUAUCUAUGCUUUAUUUUACCGCUGGUUUAAAAUAUCAGUUAAACCAUCUUAA